AUGCCUUUCAUAUCCGACACCGCGAGCGCCAUCAAGAGCCGGUUCGGGUUCCAUGACCACUCCUCGGACCCGGUCCGGAGCACUCCGGGUCUUCCCAAAUCGGCGGCCAAAGAGGCUGUCUCAGCGGUUCGGAGCAUCCGCGACUGGAACGACGACGAAGACGAUGACGGGAAAGUCAGCACCAGUACGGCGUCGUCCAAUCAGAGCUUCGAGUUCCGGGAAGAUCCCUCCUUCUGGAAAGACCACAACGUGCAGGUUAUCAUUCGGAUUCGUCCCCUUAGUAGCGCUGAAAUAUCAGUGCAAGGCUAUGGCAAAUGCAUUCGUCAAGAGAGCUGUCAGACAAUUACUUGGACCGGGCAUCCCGAGUCACGGUUCACUUUUGACAUUGUUGCAGAUGAGAAUGUUAGCCAGGAACAAUUGUUCAAAGUGGCGGGAUUGGCGAUGGUGGACAAUUGCAUGAUAGGUUACAACAGUUGCAUGUUUGCAUAUGGCCAAACUGGAAGUGGGAAGACCCACACAAUGCUUGGAGAUAUUGAGGGAGGAACUCGAAGGCACAGUGUCAAUUGUGGGAUGACACCUAGAGUCUUCGAAUAUCUGUUCUCAAGAAUUCAAAAGGAAAAAGAGGCUGGUCGAGAUGAAAAAUUAAAGUUUGUAUGUAAAUGUUCAUUUUUAGAAAUAUACAAUGAACAAAUUCUAGACCUUUUGGACCCUUCAUCUAACAACUUGCAGAUAAGAGAAGACAUAAAGAAAGGUGUUUAUGUGGAAAAUCUCAAGGAGGUUGAAGUUACAAGUGCUCGAGAUGUUAUGCAACAACUUAUUCAAGGUGCAGCAAAUAGAAAGGUAGCUGCUACUAAUAUGAAUCGUGCUAGCAGUCGCUCUCAUAGUGUAUUUACAUGCAUCAUUGAAAGUAAAAGGGAAUGCCAAGGAGUAACUCACCAUCGAUUUGCUCGGCUUAAUCUCGUUGACUUGGCAGGAUCUGAAAGGCAGAAGAGUUCUGGAGCUGAAGGUGAGCGUCUGAAGGAAGCUACUAACAUUAACAAGUCUCUUUCAACAUUGGGACUUGUGAUUAUGAAUCUGGUAAAUAUUUCCAAUGGGAAGUCACUCCACGUUCCAUACCGGGAUUCAAAGCUUACAUUUUUGCUUCAGGAUUCUCUAGGAGGGAAUUCGAAGACAAUUAUAAUAGCAAAUGUUAGUCCUUCUAGCUGUUGUUCGUUGGAGACAUUGAGCACUUUGAAGUUUGCACAGCGUGCUAAAUUCAUUAAGAACAAUGCAAUUGUGAAUGAGGAUGCAUCUGGAGAUGUCAUUGCCAUGAGGGUGCAAAUUCAACAACUCAAGAAAGAAGUAUCCCACUUACGAGGACUAGUCAAUGGAGGAACUGGAAAUCAGGACAAUGAUACAUUAGCUGUAAGCUUUCCAGGAUCUCCAGGAUCUUUCAAGUGGGAUGGACCUAAUGGAUCAUUUAGUCCAUUUACUUCCAGCAAGAGGACAUCUCAGAAAAAAGAAUAUGAAGUUGCCCUUGUUGGGGCUUUCAGGAGGGAAAAGGACAAAGACAUUGCAUUGCAGACAUUGGCUGCUGAAAGCCAGGCAGCUUUGCAGCUGGCCAAACAAAGAGAGGAUGAAAUACAAGGCCUGAAGAUGAGACUACGAUUUCGAGAAGCUGGAAUAAAAAGGUUGGAAGCGGUUGCCUGUGGAAAGAUCUCAGCUGAAACCCACUUACUAAAGGAAAAGGAGGAACAUUUAAAGGAAAUUGAGGUCCUACGUGCCCAGGUUGAUCGUAACCAAGAAGUAACUAGGUUUGCUAUGGAAAAUUUGCGGCUGAAAGAGGAAAUAAGAAGGUUGAAGUCCUUUUAUGAGGAAGGUGAACGAGAGAUAAUGAAUGAACAGAUAAUGGCGUUACAAAACAAGUUAUUAGACGCUCUUGAUUGGAAACUCAUGCAUGAAUCAGAGCUUUCGAAUUCGAAUGUGCCGAUGGAAGUUCAGAAUGAUGAUAAUUUUCUUAUCUCUAAUCAGGAACAAGCAUCACCUUGGCAGUCUUCAAUUAAGGAGGAGAAUGAAUUUCUCCGUAUGCAGGCCAUUCAAAACCAAUCCGAAAUGGACACACUCCAGAAGAAACUAGACCUCUGCCUUGAAGAGAAAGAAGCUUUGGAAAGGAAUAUCAAUGAUUUGAUGACAAAACUUGAAGAAGAGAGAUCUUCUAGAGCCAUGAUAGAAGACACACAUCAACUUGAGCUUCCUUCUUUGUCGGCUGAUGUGCCAAUUAUGAGUUUCAAUGAUCAGAUGGAGCUGAAAACAAUGGUUGAUGCCAUUGCUGCUGCAAGUGAAAGAGAAGCCGAGGCUCAUGAGACAGCAAUAAUCCUGUCCAAAGAGAAUGAUGGACUGCGUAUGAAGCUCAAGGUUUUGAUUGAAGAUAACAAUAAACUCAUUGAGUUAUAUGAAGGGGCCACUUCAGACAGCACUUACAGAAAUAUUAAUAAAUUUGAGUGUGCUCAUGAUGGCACUGAAACUCACAGUAAUGGUGAUGGUUUUAUUGACCUUUCCAAAGAAAAGGAGGCUGAGAUGAAUAAAGUGGUCGAGAAUUUAGAGCAUCAACUUGUGGAAAUGCAUGAAGAAAAUGAAAAACUAAUGGGUUUGUAUGAAGGCGCCAUGCAGGAGAGGGAUGAACUUAAAAGAGUGCUUGCUUCCGGUGGUCAGAAAAGUGUUACAGUUAAGGGAGAAUUUAAUUCCCCAGAGAAGCUUGUUGAAGUUGAUGGAGGUGCUUCUCCUAUGUCUCUGGAGGAAAAGAAUUGUAUUGGCGAAAAUGGUCUUCCUGGUUCUGAUGGAGGAGAAAGCCGUCAGUUUGAGAUACCUACUUUAUGUCAAGGAGCAGUCUCAAUGGAGGAAUCUGGUUUCUCUGGAUCAAAUAAGCGAGGCGGGCUCAGUCAUAUAUCUGAUGAAGUGAACCCGGAUACUGAAGAAAGUGGUGACUCAAGAAUUUUGGUUGAUAGAGCUGGUCUAUGUACUGUUAAUACUGAAGCAAAUUCAGGAAAUGAGGUUGAUGCUGGAACUCAGUCUGACAUGGAACUGGAGACAUCAGAUCUCACUGCAGUAAAGCUUUUAGAAGCGCAAAAUUUGGUCAGAAAGAAACUGGAAACAGCAGAUGAACAACUUUUAGAUUCUGCAAAAACAGUUACCGUAUUUGGUUCCCUUGAGAAAGUAAUGUUAGAGGUUGGCAAACUCUCAGGAGAAAUUGAAGCAAUGGAAGCUGAAAUUCAGGUCAAGCAGCAGCUUUUUGAAUCAUGUGAACUCCUCACUUCAAAAGGGAAAGAAAACAUCGCUCGAAUUGACAAAAAGUUAUCAGCUCUCAAAUACUCCCUAUCUAGCUUUUCUUCAUCUGUAGUUUACUUUGAGCAACGAGAAGCUCGGGCAAGAGCAAGGGUAGCUGCUUCAACAUCUUAUCUGGAACAAAAGAAAGGGCAAUUGGGCUGCCUACAAGCACAGAAGGAUGAAAUAGCUGCUGCUCAGAGGGAAAUGCAAGGAUCUGAAGCAGAACUAAAGAUCAGUCUGGCAUGCUUGAAGUCAAAACUGGAGGAAGAAAAUCGAAAACAAGAGAAUGAACAGGUUCUAUUUGCCAUAGAUAAUGUUGAGAAGUUAGACCCCUCACAGAAAAAUUGGCAUUUGGUGGGAGGUAAAGCUACCGAGUUACUGAAGUCUGCGGAAGAGAAAACUAAACUGCAGGCGGAGAUGAAGACAUCUCGAGAAAAACUUGGAGUCAUGAGAAAGGAACUUGAGGAUUUGAACGUGAAGUCUGGGAAGGUAGAUAAGGAGAUGCUAGCUGUUCAGGCGGAGAUACAGAAAGGCGUCAAGUCUGUGGAAGAGAUGGAACUUGCCCUUCAGAAUGUAAUUCAGGAGAAGGAGAUGCUGUUGGAAGUAAAAGAUAAUGGGAAGGCCGAAGCUGAAAGUCUGGUUGUUGAGUACCAGCAGCAUGUGUUUGAAUCGGUUUUGAAGGAGGCCGAGUCGAAGAUUGUGGAGGAAGAAUUGCAGAUUGAGUUAAGAAUGUUGGAAGAGCUGCGCACGGCAAGGGCUUUAGCCGCUGCGAAGACAAUGCAGUUGUUGGACACAAGGUCUGGUUCAUGUUUGUUAUCAGAAAAGAUGGAGGAAGAGCUUCAAAGUGUUAGGAAAUAUGUUGUGGAGGCAAAAUCAUUGUUAGGUGAGAGCAAUUUAAAUUCAAAUGUCAGUUGA